AUGGCGACUGUGUACACAGCCCGGCUGCCGCGCUUUGGGCGUUCAAGUCAAGUGCUAGGGUUCGGCUGCUGCAGUUGCUGCUGUAGCUUUCCGGGAGGGCCGCUGCCUCGCCAGCGUGACCGAAGAUGGACCCACCCAUGGAGAUUCAGCCACCCUCUGAGUUCCAGCCAUGACCAUCACCACCAGCUACCAUUUCCUGAGUACCUGCUUUGUGACUGGCAGUGUUCUGGCCACUGUGGGGGGGGGGUUGAAAAGAGAUAAAAGGCCCAGUGGUUGACCUCAAGCUACUUGUAAUUUAAUUUGGGAGCUGAAACCCAUUCAAAUGAAGCGGCGUAAGAAUGAUAACAAGCAGUAUUUCACUAGAAUGGGUACUAGGAAAAAAGUGCAUGCGUUUGUCCGUGUCAAACCCACUGAUGACUUUGCUCAUGAAAUGAUCAAAUACGGAGAUGACAACAAAAGCAUUGAUAUUCACUUAAGAAAAGACACUAGGAGGGGAGUUGUCAAUAACCAGCAGACAGACUGGUCAUUCAAGCUGGAUGGAGUUCUCCAUGAUGCCUCCCAGGACUUGGUUUAUGAGACAGUUGCCAAGGAUGUGGUUUCUCAGGCCCUCGAUGGCUAUAAUGGCACCAUCAUGUGUUAUGGGCAGACGGGAGCCGGCAAGACAUACACCAUGACCGGGGCAACUGAGAAUUACCAGCACCGGGGGAUCCUCCCUCGGGCCCUGCAGCAGGUUUUUAAGAUGAUUGAAGAACGCCCCACACAUGCCAUUACUGUGCGUGUUUCCUACCUGGAAAUCUAUAAUGAGAGCCUGUUUGAUCUCCUGUCCACCCUGCCCUACGUUGGACCCUCAGACACACCAAUGACCAUUGUGGAAAAUCCACAAGGGGUCUUCAUUAAGGGCUUGUCGGUCCACCUUACAAGUCAGGAGGAGGAUGCAUUCAGUCUCCUUUUUGAGGGAGAAACCAACAGGAUUAUAGCCUCCCACACACUGAACAAAAACUCUUCCAGGUCACACUGCAUUUUUACCAUCUACAUGGAGGCCCAUUCACGGACCUUGUCGGAUGAAAAGUACAUCACUUCUAAAAUCAACUUGGUGGAUCUAGCAGGCUCUGAGAGGCUGGGGAAGUCUGGGUCCGAGGGCCGAGUCCUGAAGGAAGCCACCUAUAUCAACAAGUCUCUGUCGUUCCUGGAGCAAGCCAUCAUUGCCCUCGGGGACCAGAAGAGGGACCACAUCCCCUUCAGGCAGUGCAAGCUCACCCACGCCCUGAAAGACUCUUUAGGGGGAAACUGUAACAUGGUCCUGGUGACAAAUGUCUAUGGAGAAGCUGCCCAGUUAGAAGAGACGCUGUCUUCACUGCGAUUCGCCAGCAGGAUGAAGCUGGUCACCACUGAGCCUGCCAUCAAUGAAAAGUAUGAUGCCGAGCGGAUGGUCAAGAACCUGGAGAAGGAGCUGGUACUGCUCAAGCAGGAGCUGGCCAUUCAUGACAGCCUGGCCAACCGCACCCUUGUGACCUACGACCCCAUGGAUGAAGCCCAGAUUGCCCAGAUCAACUCGCAGGUGCGGAGGUACCUGGAGGGGACGCUGGAUGAGAUCGACGUAAGGAGCCCUCCGUGGGACUGCCAGGCCCAGCUGAUCUGGGUCUCCUUGUCCAGGGCACACCCUGAUGGGUGCUGUGCUGGCCUUGGAACCUCACACUGUAUAAUCAACCUCAGACAGAUCCAGGAGGUGUUCAAUCAGUUCCGGGUGGUUCUGAGUCAACAGGAACAGGAAGUGGAGUCCAAUUUGCGCAGGAAGUACACCCUCAUAGACAAGAAUGACUUUGCAGCCAUUUCUGCUGUCCAGAAGGCAGGGCUCGUGGAUGUUAAUGGCCGCCUAGUGGGUGAGUCCGAUGGACAAGGCUUCGGGCUUGGGGUUGUCCCUUUCUCCAUCAAACCUGGGAAGAAAACCAAGUCCAGGAAAGCAUUCAAAGACCAGCUCAGCUCUUUGGCAAGAAAGGAAGGUGCCAGCAGCCCUGUGAGUAGCAAGGACUUAGAUAUGAUAUCCACCUCCAAGACUCAGCUGGUCCCAUCCUCUAAGGAUGGGGAUAUCAAAGACGUGCUUUUGCGGGACCGGGAGACCUCCAGUCUCGAGCCUCUUCCUUCAGACUCCCCGAAGGAGGAUUUUCGCCUACCCAGGCCCAGCACCCCGCCCCCCAAGCCUGUUGCCUUUGAGGAGUUUAAGAACGAGCGGGGCAGUGAGAUCAACCGUAUCUUCAAAGAAAACAAAUCCAUCCUGAAUGAGCGGAGGAAAAGGGCCAGUGAGACCACACAGCACAUCAACGCCAUCAAGCAGGAGAUUGACGUGACCAAGGAGGCACUAAAUUUUCAGAAGUCACUAAGGGAGAAGCAAGGUGAAUAUGAGAACAAGGGUCUGAUGAUCAUUGACGAGGAGGAAUUCCUGCUGAUCCUGAAGCUCAAAGACCUCAAGAAGCAGUACCGCAGCGAGUACCAGGACCUGCGUGACCUCAGGGCUGAGAUCCAGUACUGCCAGCAGCUGGUGGACCAGUGUCGCCACCGCCUGCUCACAGAAUUUGACAUCUGGUACAACGAGUCCUUCGUCAUCCCUGAGGACAUGCAGGUGGCACUGAAGCCAGGCGGCAGUAUCCGGCCGGGCAUGGUACCUGUUAACAGGCUCGUGUCUCUGGGAGAAGAUGACCAGGACAAGUUCAGCCAGCUACAGCAGACAGUGCUGCCCGAGGGCCCAGACUCCAUCUCCUUCUACAAUGCUAAAGUCAAGACAGAACAGAAGCACAAUUACUUGAAAACCAUGAUGGGCCUCCAGGUAGCACAGAGAAAAUAGGGUCUCAUUACCAGCAUCUUGAAGGACAAGACCUGUAGCAACUCCAGCCUGCUCUAGUGGAGCCACUGAACUAUCAGCCUAGAGCUCCAGCCACUCUGCUCCAAGGCCAGGACAAGCUGAGAGAACACACAGUUUUCUGCAUUCCAGGAACAUCCUUUGAAGAACACCCUUUAUAACCUUUCUAAAUUCUCUGUAUUAUAUGCAGGGACAGGAUAAAAUAACUUUCUAGUUUGGA